AUGAUCAAAACACUAGCAGUACUAUUGGCUGUAGCAUCAACUGCUUUCUCAGCCGAAAUCUCUUCUUCAUACGCUGCAUUAGAUAAACAUGCAGCUUUCAAACCUGAGCUAGCAUCUGUACCUUUGGAAAGCCAUGCAGUACAAGACAUACCACAUGAGGCAGCACACCCAGUGUACCGACCAGAAGAAAUAAGCCAGGGCAGAGCAAGGAUCGAACCUGUGAAAGCUUUUGGACCAGUUAUUAAACAUGAUUCUAUGUUAGCUGACCAACCUGAAAUGCCUACCGAAGUUAAUAGAAUUGAUGAUUUAGGUAUUCUAGCGAACGGUUAUGUUCCUGGCACCGCUGAUGUGGCUUACCCUGACGUUCCAUAUGCACCUGGUUAUUACUAUGACUCAGGAUAUGCUGCAUCCAACAAUUACGACAUGUACAAUUUGAAGAACUACUUGAUGGAGCCCGAUACAUCAACGCUAGGUUUGCUGUGGAGCCAGAUGCCACAUGCCAGAACGAUGGUCAGCUUCGUCGGUCGUAGCAUCACUUGGAUUUUCAACAGCGUAAUUGUUUUAGUCCUUGGUUCUCUCUUGACCGUUGGAGUUUGCACCUACACGAACUUAUGCUCAAUUGCCUUCCACGGAGUUGGUCCGAUCCAUGAAGAAAUGAGGGCUCUCAUGUCCCCUGAAAGAUUGGAGAAGAUUAGCAAUGCUGCAGACUUCGUUAAAACCGCCAUUGAUAAGUACCAAAAGAUACAAAAAGUUACAGAUACGGCACACAAAGGUGAUGGUCUGAAAAGACGCCGUUCUAUUUUCAAUAAAUAUUAA